UUAGUUAGCAUCCAAGAACAAAGUGGGUGAAAAAAAAAAUCCAAACAAAGUCAACUUACGGUACCCCAAUUGAAAUGAUGGACAAUGAAGGUGUCAAAGGUGACAUAGGUGGUGGGGCGAUUGGAGGAGGUGCCACGGGUGGUGGUGCAAGAGGAGGAGGGGCUACAGGUGGUAGUGCAACUGGAGGAGCUGCCACUGGAGGAGCUGCCACUGGUGGAGGUGCAACUGGAGGCGGUGCUAUAGGUGGUGGGGCGACUGGAGGAGGUGCCACAGGUGGUGGUGCGACUGGAGGCGAGGCUACAGGUGGUGGUGCAACUGGAGGAGCUGCCACUGGUGGAGGUGCAACUGGAGGAGGGGCUACAGGUGGUGGGGCGACUGGAGGAGGUGCCACGGGUGGUGGUGCAAGUGGAGGCGGGGCUACAGGUGGUGGUGCAACUGGAGGAGGCACUACAGGUGGUGGAGCAACUGGAGGAGGUGCCACAGGUGGUGGUGCAACCGGAGGAGGGGCUACAGGUGGUGGUGCAACUGGAGGGAGUGCCACUGGAGGGGGUGCAACAGGAGGAGGGGCUAUAGGUGGUGGAGCAACUGGAGGAGGUGCCACAGGUGGUGGGGCGACUGGAGGAGGUGCCACAGGUGGUGGUGCAACUGGAGGUGGGGCUACAGGUGGUGGUGCAACUGGAGGAGGUGCCACUGGUGGGGGUGCAACAGGAGGAGGGGCUACAGGUGGUGGAGCAACUGGAGGAGGUGCCACAGGCGGUGGUGCAACCGGGGGUGGGGCUACAGGUGGUGGGGCCACUGGUGGGGGUGCAACAGGAGGAGGGGCUACAGGUGGUGGGGCAACUGGAGGAGGUGCCACGGGUGGUGGUGCAAGUGGAGGCGGGGCUACAGGUGGUGGUGCAACAGGAGGAGGGGCUACAGGUGGUGGAGCAACUGGAGGAGGUGCCACGGGUGGUGGUGCAACUGGAGGCGGGGCUACAGGUGGUGGGGCGACUGGAGGAGGUGCCACGGGUGGCAGUGCAACUGGAGGCGGGGCUAUAGGUGGUGGAGCGACUGGAGGAGGUGCCACAGGUGGUGGUGCAACUGGAGGCGGGGCUACGGGUGGUGGGGCGACUGGAGGAGGUGCCACGGGUGGUGGUGCAACUGGAGGCGGGGCUACAGGUGGUGGUGCAACUGGAGGAGGUGCCACUGGUGGGGGUGCAACAGGAGGAGGGGCUACAGGUGGUGGUGCAACUGGAGGAGGUGCCACGGGUGGUGGUACAACCGGCGGCGGGGCUACAAGUGGUGGGGCCACUGGAGGAGGUGCCACAGGUGGUGGUGCAACUGGAGGUGGGGCUACAGGUGGCUACAAUCACAAUGUCAUUUCCCCAUGUUAUUGUCCAAGCAAAGUAGAAAAUAACGUUUGUCCGGGGAAAGAAGAAAAGUCUCCUGUGGUGGAGAUAAUAGUUGAUCUUUCCUAUCGUGCAGAACCAUGCAGGAAUGACUCUUACAUGUGUGUGGAGAUAUUCCCCGGGAAGCCUCGCUUCACGUGUGGUAAAUAAGCUUCAUUGGUUAUUAUAUUAUAAUGCGCCACAAAUUAUAUAUAUGGAUAUGAAUAAGUGGGCACUUGUCAUGUUGGUUGUUAGUCUUGACAUUUGCAGUCUCUCAAAUAAGGUAAAUUAUAGAGUAUAUUUGGAGCAUGUGCUUAUUCACUCAUAUAGGUGUAGGACUCACUUUUCAUUAUCUAUGAAAAGACCCACAUAUAUGUGAGUGCAAAGAGUACUAAAAGUUUAAUGCUCUAUGUACAUCUAAUAAUUUCUCAAUAAAUAAAUUGUCUGACUGCAAUGUGUGAGUACUGCUUUAUCUUUUAUCUUGUGUAAGGAACUACAUGUAAUAUGAACUUUAAUUUGCUAUAAUGUUUAAUGUUCUUUUUGUUAA